UUCUACAGGCAGACCUCCAGGUGGACAAGGAGAGGCACAAUUUCUUUGAGUCCUCCCUUGAUUAUGUUUAUCAAAUCCAGGAAGUUCAGGAGUCCAAGAAGUUCAACAUUGUGGAGCCAGUGUUGGCCUUUCUUCAUAGUCUCUUCAUUUCCAACAGCUUGACUGUGGAGCUCACACAGGAUUUUCUCCCAUACAAACAGCAGCUCCAGCUCAGUUUGCAGAAUACAAGAAAUCAUUUCUCCAGUACCCGGGAAGAGAUGGAAGAACUUAAGAAAAGGAUGAAGGAAGCUCCCCAGACAUGCAAACUUCCAGGACAGCCUACCAUCGAAGGCUAUCUCUAUACACAAGAGAAAUGGGCUUUGGGAAUAUCCUGGGUGAAAUAUUACUGCCAGUAUGAGAAGGAGACCAAAACGCUCACCAUGACACCUAUGGAGCAGAAGCCAGGUGCUAAACAGGGGCCUUUGGACUUAACCCUGAAGUACUGCGUGAGGAGGAAGACAGAGUCUAUCGACAAAAGGUUCUGUUUUGAUAUAGAAACUAAUGAAAGGCCAGGAACCAUCACUUUGCAGGCCCUUUCAGAAGCUAACAGAAGGCUAUGGAUGGAGGCUAUGGAUGGAAAAGAACCCAUCUACCACAGCCCCAUAACAAAACAGGAAGAAAUGGAGCUGAAUGAAGUGGGGUUCAAGUUUGUUAGGAAGUGCAUCAAUGUCAUUGAGACCAAAGGGAUCAAGACAGAGGGAUUAUACCGUACUGUGGGCAGCAACAUUCAGGUUCAGAAGCUGCUGAAUGCCUUUUUUGAUCCUAAAUGCCCAGGAGAUGUUGAUUUUCAUAAUAGUGAUUGGGACAUUAAGACAAUCACCAGCUCCUUGAAAUUCUACCUCAGGAAUCUUUCUGAACCUGUCAUGACCUAUAGACUUCACAAAGAGCUGGUCUCGGCUGCCAAGUCUGACAACCUGGAUUACCGGCUGGGAGCUAUUCACUCCCUGGUAUAUAAGCUACCCGAAAAGAACCGAGAGAUGCUGGAACUUCUUAUAAGACACUUGGUCAAUGUAUGUGAGCACAGCAAAGAGAAUCUUAUGACCCCCUCCAACAUGGGCGUGAUCUUUGGGCCCACUCUGAUGAGAGCUCAGGAGGACACUGUCGCUGCCAUGAUGAACAUCAAAUUCCAGAACAUUGUGGUGGAAAUCCUAAUUGAGCACUUCGUCAAGAUCUAUUCAGGUCCACCUGAGGAAAGUGCUACACCCCCAGUGCCUCCACCUCGAGUGACAGCAAGAAGGCACAAACCAAUCACAAUUUCAAAACGCUUGCUGCGGGAAAGAACAGUUUUUUAUACUUCUUCCCUGGAUGAAAGUGAAGAUGAAAUCCAACAUCAAACACCCAAUGGUAUUAUCGCCAGCAGUAUGGAACCCCCCAAGCUACCACAAUACCCCAAACUGCCUAUUCAGAGGAGUGGAGAAGCUGACACUGGGAGGAAGUCUCCAAGUAGCAGGCCUGUUUCAGAUGGCAAGUUGGAGUCCUGUCCUGAAGUGGAUGUGGGGAAGCUGGUGUCUAGGCUGCAGGAUGGAGGGACCAAGGCCAUACCAAAGGCCACCAAUGGACCUGUGCCAGGCUCUGGGCCCACCAAAGCCCCCUCUUUCCACAUAAAGAGACCAGCUCCUCGACCCCUGGCUCACCACAAGGAGGGAGACUCUGACAGUUUCAGCAAAGUGCGGCCUCCGGGAGAAAAGCCUACCAUCGUCCGUCCCCCAGUGAGGCCUCCAGACCCUCCGUGCCGGGCAGCUACUCCCCAGAAGCCAGAACCAAAGCCAGAUAUUGUGGUUAGCAAUGCAGGGGAAAUCCCAUCAUCUGUGGUGGCUUCCAGGACCAGGUUCUUUGAAACAGCUUCCCGAAAAACAGGAAGGCCUCUGGAACCUAGAUUUAAUCCUGUUCCUUAUCCCCAGAUUCCAUCUUGCCAGGAGUGUGGCAAGACUGAAGUGGAUACACCUGUCUUCCAGUGUGUCAUGAGCCAUAAAGCCAUACAGGUUCCUCCCAUUUAG